AUGGCGAGCCUAAACAAGCAGCCAAGAAGCUUCAUUGCGCACAAUCACUCCGGCACUCCCUGCACCCGCACCCACCAGAUCGGCGCCCUCCUUCUCGUCGCAGCCACUUUCUUCCUAACCAGAGUCUUCGACCAAUCGGUCUCUCCCUGCGCCAACACAUCUCUCUCUGUUAAUAAUUAUGACCGCACAUCACAAAUCGUCGAGCGCCUCUCACCCGGUGCCUACGGAGGACCCUUCUCGUGGCCCCAGAGAGGCUAUGGCUCCGACCUCUCCAUCAAGAUCUACGUCUACGACCAGAACGAGAUCGACGGCUUAAAAGACUUGAUGUACGGAAGAGACGGCAACGUUAAAACCAAUGCUUGCCUCAAAGGCCAGUGGGGCACUCAGGUUAAAAUACAUAACUUGCUUCUUCAAUCGAGAUUUAGGACAAAAAGGAAAGAGGAAGCGGAUCUGUUCUUCGUGCCAGCGUAUGUCAAAUGUGUUCGCAUGAUGGGGGGUCUCAAUGAUAAAGAGAUUAACAUGACUUAUGUCAAGGUCUUGAGUCAAAUGCCAUAUUUUAGGAGAUCCGGCGGCCGUGAUCACAUAUUUGUCUUCCCAAGCGGAGCUGGUGCUCACUUGUUUAGAUCAUGGGCGAAAUACAUAAAUCGGUCCAUAAUUCUUACUCCUGAGGGCGACCGUACUGAUAAAAGAGAUACAAGUGCUUUUAAUACAUGGAAAGAUAUCAUCAUUCCUGGAAAUGUUGAUGAUGGUAUGACUAAAAAUGGGGGUACCGUGGUCCAUCCUUUGCCUUUGUCAAAGAGGAAGUACUUGGCAAACUUUUUGGGUCGUGCACAAGGAAAAGUUGGUCGUCUCAAAUUAAUAGAGCUUGCUAAGCAAUAUCCAGACAAGCUGGAAUCUCCAGAGCUGAAGUUGAGUGGGCCUGACAAAUUGGGAAGAACUGAAUAUUUCGAACAUCUGCGGAAUGCCAAAUUCUGUCUUGCACCGCGCGGAGAAUCAUCCUGGACUCUUCGUUUUUACGAGUCUUAUUUUGUGGAGUGUGUUCCAGUAAUCCUAUCAGAUCAAGUAGAACUACCUUUCCAGAAUGUAAUUGAUUAUUCCCAGACAUCAAUCAAAUGGCCAUCUACUCGAAUAGGUCCAGAACUCUUGGAGUACCUAGCUUCAAUACCAGAUGAGGAUAUAGAAGGGAUGAUAGCCCGUGGUAGACAAGUAAGGUGCCUAUUUGUUUAUGCACCGGAGUCAGAAUCCUGCUCAGCGACGCAAGGAAUAAUGUGGGAACUUCAAAGGAAAGUGAGGCAAUUCCACCAAUCACCUCAGACGUUUUGGCUGCACAAUGGCACCAUUGUAAAUAGAGACUUGAUUGAAUUCUCUCGAUGGAAACCUCCCAUGUCUUUGCCUUAGUUAAAUUUGAAUCUCUUAACCUUACUUAUUUCAGUUUGUACGUGUAUUGCUCUUGUUCUCCAAUUUUAGCUUUUCCUUCUCAAAUACAAGCUUUUAAAUUCUGGCUUCUAGGUGAGCUCCACUUAUCCAUGAAAACUGUAUAGCAUUUUUGUUUUGAGACAUUUCUUUCUUUUUCUUUUUUCCCUUCUUCUAGACAUGGAAUACUGUAUAGAGAGGAUAGAUUCAGAAUGAUUUGUAUGACAGGUAAGAAAAAGCUGUUGAUCAUCAAACGGUUCAUCUCUUGUUUUUUCUUGUGAAGAUGAUGUAAUUGCAUA